GCCGGGAACGUCGCCGUCGGUGAACGACGUCGUCGUCGUCGUCGCGACGACGGGACGCGAGACGUGAGACCCGUUCAUACGCGUCAGCUGAUCCGACCUAGGCCGCGAGGAGGAACAAAGGAGAUCCAGAAUGGCUCUAGUAAUGCUACCGUGCGACCUGCCUUGGUGGCCGGCUAUCGUAAAGCAGCUGGACAAAGCCGCCACGGCUAAAAACUCCGAGGACCUAAUAGACGCGAUGCAACGACUGCAUGACAUGUGCAACAUAAGCCUCGAUCCCGAGGAAGACGUGCAGGACGCCGACCUAUUCUCCAAGUUGGGGACCUUCCUAGACAAUGAUCUCGAUCUCGCUGAACGGGAGCAAGUGUUCACAAAGACAAUACCGCGAAUAGUGGAAAGGGCGAAGGCCUUAAAAUCUACGAAACCCCCGCAAGGUUUACACUUCAGUCUCCAGCAGCAAGGCGACAGUGUCGAAUACAGUUACGCCUUUGUCUCCUCCUUAAUCGCGAACGCGUUCUUCUCUACGUACCCGAAGAGAACCGCGAAGACUCACCCUACGCUGCGCGAUUUCAACUUUACAAACUUCUUCAGACACCUUCACAAAAACGCACAGAAAGCCAAGCUCAGAAGUAUCUUUCAUUAUUAUAACUAUCUGGAGACGGAGCACGCACUCGAAGGCCGUCUGAUAAUUUCCAGACAGGUGAUGACGUCUAAGCAGUGGCUGACCAUUGAAGAUUGGCUGGAAAGUAACGUACCUCUUUGUCCGCUAACAAUACGUCACGAGGGACGGUUGGAGAGAAUCGAGGCGGAAGCAAAAGUACUACAAGUUUGUUUCGUGAAUGCUAAAAUUGGCGGCGGCGUGCUCGAUGACGAUGUCACGCAGGAGACUGUACAUGUGGCGACGCAUCCGGAGAUGCUCGCCGCGAUGCUAUCCGUCGAGGCCUUAGAAGACAACGAAGUUCUGAUAAUCGAGGGUGUCAGGCAUAUUGCGAGGAUAAACGAUCCGCGGCACAAGGCGAUAUUCGAGGGUAUCCCGAAUCCGAACGUGGUAACGGUCUGCUGCAUAGAUCCCGAGGACUACUCGCGAUUGCCGUUGACGCAGUUCGAGGAGGACAACAUCCUGAGGGAGAUGAACAAGUCGCUGUUGGGAUUCCGCCAGAGGCGCGUGCCCGGCAGUCCCACGGAUCCGAUCAAGAGCGAGCCGGAGACGGAGGUCGGCCUGGGCUCGCGCAGAUUGUCGCCGAUCGGCGAGAGCUUCAGCAGCACCCCGCCGGAGACGGAGGGCGAGGACAAGGUUUUCCCGGGGAGCAAUAAUUCCAAGACAGACAAGCAGCCUCCGCGCGACGAACGCCACAAAUCGGAGAACGCGACGGAGGUGCGUAGCAGGCCUAACGGCAAAUCGAUGAGAUCGCCGAGCCCUCACAAGGUGUGCAAGGACGCGAGUUACACGAGCCAAAGGAACCGAUUCAUCGUGCUCGGAUCCAGCGGCGAGGUACUACCGGUGACGCGGCAGCUCGGUCAGAUGUCGGUCUACAGCAGCUGCAACAGUCAGAGUACCGACAGUUUUCACAGCGCUAAGGAGACUAUCGAUGAGGAACCUGAGGAAGAGGAGCAGAAGGUGACGAAGCUCUACAGCGCGCAGUUAGAUACGCCCGAGGGAAGAGGAACUUUCGCGCAGCGACUGAAGGACGCUCUCAAGCGGGAGAGUACGGCGACCGGGGUGACUUCCUCGAACACCUCUUCCGGGGAGAGCAGUUACGCCGUUGGCAUAAGCGUUAGCGGUAGCCACGUUGGCGAUCAAGACAUCAAGUUGAAAAGAGGAGGUUCGAGGGGUUUCGUUUUGCGGGACGAGACGGUGGACGAGGAGUUUCUGAAGGAGUCUCUGGAGGCAGAGCAAAAAUGGCUGGGUCGAUUCCGGCAGAGUCAGGGGCCUAUGUUUCAGAGGAAAGAUACGAGCGCGAGCAGCAAGUACAGUUUCAGUACCGAAUACAAUUCUGAUUUUUGUUCCGAGUUGGAGGAGGUCUACGAGCAAUUGUCAAAGUGGCUGGAGGAUCCGAUAAUGGCGGAUGAAAGCCGAGAAUUGGACGCAAGGGAUCGCGCGGUUGUACGAUUCGCCGGUUCGCUUCUGAAACGCGCUCUGAGCGAAUCGUUCGCUGGUGUGCCGGUCCAGGAGGGCGAACCGCAGCCGUUCCUCGACGCGAACGACGUUAAUCAGCAGCAUAAGCUGGCCUUGGCUGUGAGGAGUCUCAGUUUGGAGCUCGCUCGACAGAAAAAUCGGAGACAGCAAUCAGUGUCUGAGUCUGAAGACGUAGAUCGCUACGAGGACGCCUCGUGCGAAAUGGUAAUAGAGGCGAAGGACGCCCAACGUAGGAAACUUUGGGCUGUCACGUUCACGUCGGAAGUGUUCCAAACGUUGGUCGAUGAUCAUACGACCAUACGCCUGUCUCCACCGCCCGCGUCCGAGUCGGGACAGACGGCGACGAAGCGUGAAACGUGCACGCUCGGUGUCUUGGAGUUGCCGCACGAGAACAGUCCGGGAGGAGGUUUAUUGCCCGUGGCUACCGGCAACUGGGGAUGCGGAACUAGAUUGAAAGGCGAUCCGCAACUAAAACUCGUCAUUCAAUGGCUUGCUUCCUCCCUAGCGGGCACACCAAGACUGAUCUACUACACUUCUGGCAAUCCCAGUCUAUCCAAGUUAGAUACCGUGAGCAGAGUUCUAAUAGACAGACGUUGGUCUGUGGGUGAUUUGGCUGCCGCGACACUGAGGUACGCUAUGCACACGAUCGAGGAACGGAUGGAAGGGAAGAAUAGCCUUUUCGAGGAGAUCAUUGGCAUGGAUAAGUCGGGUCCUUAGCCCGAUUCGAUGCUGUCCGUUCUGGUGGACGUACUCGCCACCAUGAUCGAAGACAGCCUACUGAAAAACUAAAAUAUCAAUUAAUUACAUGCUCUUCCACGGGAGGGACAUACAAAAAGAAAAGAAACGGGUAUUACUUUGACUGUAGUUAAAUACAAGAUCGAUAAGCGGCUCUAAUUCGUAGUCUUAGAUGAAACGUUAGUUAUACAAGUUUCAUUUUGGCGCGAAGGGAAGAUUGAUCCGGAUUUUAUUUUUCUUUCAAAGUAUAUACUAUUCUCGUCUAGCAUAUCAAAAUGAUAUCAGGCAAACUUUCGCACAAUUCGUUGUACAAGGCAAUAUAUCAAAUAGAGAAAGAUAGGUAGUCGCUGCGAUAUUUUCUAGUCUAUGUACGUAGUGCAUCGUGCUGUCAAAUCAAGUUGUAAGGAUAAAAAUCAUCCACGUCACAUUUCCGUGAAACAACGGAGACACAAAAAUAACGUGAUAUAUCGGACGUUCAGUUAUCAUUAAUGUCACGUCAUCGUAAGAGCGUGGCAAACUCCUCUGCAAUCAUACGUAAUAACGGUCUAGUCAUGUUCGAAAAAGAGAGGUCAAUUCUGGUUUUACUCCGUACAGAAUGAGUAACCGAUAAUACACAGUUACAUGCAAUAACUAAUGAGGCACAAUAUACUAAACUAUAUAUUUUGUACAAUAUUUUUAAGUCGUUCUAUACUUUUAAGUCGGACACACACACGCACAACACACACACACACACACACACACACACACACACACACACACACACACACACACACAAAAUACGCGAAUAGAUUUUUAGAAAAAAACUUUUAGUAUUUUAUAAUAAAAGAUUAAUAUAGGCAAUUUUUAAGAGGGUAAAACUUGUGUGUAUAUACAUAAGUCACUGCUAUGAGGUCGUAAAUUCGGAUAUAAAAAUUAGGUAAUAUGGCCUAUGAAAAAAAGUAUAUGCUUGCUAAUAUGUAAAUCAAUUAAAGAGGUCUUCCAUUAUUAAAGCAAAAACGUGUGAAAGUAUCCUAUGAUUUAUAUACUCUCGCUAUACUUCUCAUUCUAAACAGUAAUUAGCAAUUAUUAAUAAAUUUAUAUCACAAAA